CACAUUUGCAUUUUGUCAUCUUUGAUUAUUCUCUUAUUAAUGUCUUUAUUUUUGCCACUUUGUGUUUAGUUCUUAAGCCCUUUUAAUUGAACCAUCUGUGACCUCUGAAAAGAAAUAUGGAUUCUCACACAUCCAAGACACAACCUUCUGCACACAGGGUUUUGUUGGAGUUUUCUGCCCGUACUCAAAGGCUUAAUGAAGAAACUAUCUCUUAUCUGCACCAACUGACUAAGGACAAUGAACACCUUUGUAGAGCCCAUGAACAAUUGGAAGAGCAACUACAAGACAUGACCAUCAACCGUGAUCUUUACAAGAUUGCCAUGGAGGACAUGUGCUAUCAACUCCUAGUUGAGAAGCAAAAGAACCAAACUCUAGUUGAAGAGGACACCGGCUUGCAUGAAGUUGUUGUCGACCUAAUCGCUUUGGUGACUCAAUUCGAGGGAAAGAUGGCCGAGACUCAUCAUCACAUUGCUCAAAGGACCCAUCCAAUUGAGAGGGGAUUUUUCCAACUAGUCUUUGACUUUAUCAUUGACAUGUCCAAUGUAAAAGGUCUUCUAAUCAUAGUUCCAAGGCGAAAGUUCUUCAAAAAGUGGCAUUCUCCAUAUUUGCUCAGAUCUAGAGUAAUCAAAAUGUUUGAGGAAAAUGCUGCUAUUAAUCCCGAAAAAUCAGCCGUGGAUAAGAGGGUUGAUAAGUUGGAAGCUACAAUGCAAACUAUGGCUGCUACUCUUCAGACCAUCAGUCUCACUUUGUCCACUUUGACUACUAGUUCGGUUCUUUCACUUACAUCCUUAAUACCCACAAUACCAGUUCCACCUAUUUUUACCAUCACACUAGGUAAUCGUAUUAAGGAUCCCAUGGUCACACAAUUGCAAUUUCCACCUAUUUAUGAGAAUCAACCUCUAGUGGGGGAAUCAUCUUCACAUGCUCCACAAAUAUCAUCUCUGCCCUUUGAAGCCUUAUACCCACCAUUCAAGAUGAACAACCCUACGUUGCCCACAAUCACAUCUCUUACCCUUAAUGUACCACCUUUGAUGGGACAAGUGCCAACUAUUCAACCCAACCCCUCGAUUGCGAUGUUGAGGUCUACUUUAGAGGAUGGGAAGUCAAGAGAGAUGUAUGCUAGGAAGAUGACACCUUAUGCUAAUGAUGAAAGGGUGCUCAUUCACUAUUUUCAAGACAAUCUCUCAGGCCCAGCAAGUGUUUGGUUUUCAACACUUGACAAGAAGAAGAUUUGCACUUUCAAGGAUGUUUCUCAAGCUUUUAUGAAGCAGUAUGAGUAUUAUAUGAGUUUGGCCCUUACAAGGGAUAGCUUGCAGAGAAUCACCAAGAAAGGUCAUGGCACUGAGAAUUGUGCAGCUUUGAGACAUAGAAUUCAAGAUCUCAUCGAUGAGAGUAAACUUCAACUUAAUGUCAAAGAAGCCAAGGGUGUUCCAAACAUCACUCAAUACCCUUUACCUCCACAUGAUGCAGGCACAAUGAAUAUGAUCACUUUUAAUGGAGUUGAAAAGCCGGUGUUGGAAAAUACCAGUUCUUGUGAGUCAUUCAUGGGAAAGACAUCAUCUGUAGUUAUGCCUCAAUGUUCUACCAUCUUGAAUUCCAUAGCCAAUGAUGUGUCUAACAUGACCCAUAGUGGUCGGUGCUAUGUGAGUCCUGAAGGGGAAGAAUCGAGAAGGGUUGCCUUGAAAUCAAAAGAUAUCAGAAUUGAAAAGAUGCCAGAAGAAUCACCCAAGAAGCUAGUGUCAGAAAAUGAAGUUGCAGAAUUUUUGAAUAUUUUGAGGAAGAGUGAGUAUAGCAUCAUUGAACAGCUCAACAAAACCCUAGCGAAAAUUUCUAUUUUAGAAUUGAUGCUGUCAUCUGAGGUUCAUCUUGAUGCAUUGCUCAAAGUCUUGCAAGAGGCCCAUGUGCCUAAGAACAUUGAUACUCAGAAGUUUGGGACUGUGGUUGGGGCAAUCUUGGCCCCAAAUUAUAUUAAUUUCAUUGAUGAUGAGAUUCCCGAUGAAGGAAAUGGGCAUACCAAGGUUCUUCACAUUUCUGUUCAGUGCAAGAGGAUGAAUGUGCCUCAUGUGUUGAUCGACAAUGGGUCAACUUUGAAUGUUGCUGCAAAGAUCAUGUUUGCAUGUCAUUACCAUUUGGGAGAGGGUUUGGGAUUUGAUAGACAAGGAAUUCUCGAGCCUAUUGAGGUAAUUCAAGCUUGGGGCACUUUUGGCUUGGGAUACAAGCUGAAGAAGGAAGAUUGGCAGAGAAUGCGUGCUAUUAAAGCAGAGAAGUGCCUUUCUAGACUUCAAGGGAGAGAUCCUAGGGAUGAACCAAUGGCAUUUAUGGAGAAGCACCCUAACUUCCAUCUUGUUCAUCAUGCGAAAACUCCAAUGGAAACACAUGAGUCUGUGCUACUUGAAACAGUGAAAGAAGAAUCAUUAUGUGACUCGUGGGGAAAUUUGACUAUAAAUGCUCUAGAUGAGGAAAAACUUGAAUUUGAUAGGGGAAUUUCUCGGGUUAAUGGAAGCUCUCAGGCUAAUUGGAUAGCGGAGCUUCUCCCUGCAGCUUUCAUCUCUGAGGAAGAAGAGUCAGCCUCUAGUAGUUCUGCUUGUGACUACAUGAAGGGAGGGAUUCAACAAGCACUUUUAUAUUUUAUGAAAUUUAUGCCUGCUAAUGAUGAAUCUUUAAACAAUGAUGCCAUAUCAGACUUUAUAUAUGAGAUUGAUGAUCAGACCUAUAGUGAAGAAGACAAUGAAAAUUUUGAUCAUUCUCAUGAACUAACUCAAAUGCUAAGAGAAGAAAAGCCAAAGCUACAGCCAAAUCAAGAGACUGAGACUAUUAAUCUGGGAACUGAAGAUGACAGAGAAGAGAUAAAAAUCAAUGCCCACCUAUCCACAGAGGAGAGAAAAGAAUUGAUAAAACUCUUAUAUGAAUUUCAAGAUGUUUUUGGUUGGUCCUAUAAGGACAUGCCAGGACUUGAUCUUGAUAUUGCUGUUCAUGCAAUUCCACUCUAUUCUAAGGCUAAGCCAAUCAAGUAAAAGCUAAGAAGGAUGAAGCCAGAGGCUCUGUUGAAGGUCAAAGAAGAAGUGCAAAAGCUGCUAUAUGUCAAUUUCAUUGAAGUAGCUAUGUAUCCGGGAUGGGUGGCCAAUAUUGUUCCUGUAAUGAAAAAGGAUGGUCGAG